AUGUAUUUUUCUCAAACAUAUGGAGAGGGAGCAGCCGCGAUCCGUCAGGUGGGACUUAACGAAAGGAAUGUUCGGAGGAAUGUUUUUUGUGGAAAUAAUGGUUAUACACCUAGGUACGAGAUUGUCGAUUGGAUUUUAAAAAACUACAAUUUUUUAAAUAAUGCGAAAAAAAAUGGAAUUACUAACAUUCUGUGUGAAGUUGAUGGUGCCACUCACAUUGCCCACACCACUGCCGGCACUCAUGACACAUGUGGCAUUUGUGGCCACUGCAUCUGCUGGGUUGUUACAUUCCACAUCCACAACAUCUUGUACUUUAACAUAGGGUUCCAAUUAUUUUCAAGAUGA